AUGGCCACCGCGAGCGAGUGCACCAUCUACGGGCUCGACGGCGCCACGGCCACCACCAUCACCUUCAAGAACUACCAGCCCUUCGUAUACCUUGUAGGGUCCAACAUCGCAGUGACGAUCCUGGAGGUAGCCGCGAUCUACGUGCAGGUCGGCAAGGGCGACGACGGCGAGGAUGCGCCCAUGAUUCCCCGUGUCGUCCUGGUUGUCGUCGACGUCGCUGUGCAGAUGCUGCUCUGCUCGGCCACCGGCGCGGUGUUCGCGGCGGUGCGGUGA